AGUAGACACCUAAACUUUGCCACAUAGCCAAUAACGGAUCGGAUCGCCUUCGUACUUUUCCUACUUGCUAUCUCCAGCGCUAGGCUAUCAGCUAGCACUAGCAGCGCCGUCACUGUUCGAAGAGAUCAGCGCAGCGAACUCGCAGCCGAGAGAUCGAUCGAGGCCGGCCGGGGCCGAGAUGGGCAGCGUCGGCGUCGGUUGCGGCUCGCCGGACGAGGAGCAGCAGACCGAGGGCAGUGGCCCUCUGCCGCCGCCGGCUGUCUGCGUCACGGGGUCCACCGGCUACGUCGGCUCCUGGCUCGUCCGCACGCUGCUGCGGCGAGGCUACCGCGUCCACGCCACCGCCAGGGACACAGGCAAGGCCUUGCAGGUGCUCGCCGUCGUGGAAGAAGGGAGGGACCGGCUCAGGGUGUUCAGGGCCGACAUGGGCGAGGAAGGGAGCUUCGACGCCGCCGUCACGGGAUGCGUGGCGCUCUUCCACGUCGCGGCCUCCAUGGACCUCCACGUAUCACCCGCCCAUCAGGACAACCUCGAGGAGCACGUGAGGUCAAGCAUGCUGGAGCCGGCCACGAGGGGAACCAUCAACGUGCUGCGGUCCUGCGUCCGCGCCGGGACCGUGCGCCGGGUCGUCUUCACGUCCUCCGUCAGCACGUUGACGGCGGUGGACGCGGUGGGGCGGCGGAAGGCCGUGCUCGACGAGUCUUGCCUCAGAGCCCUCGACGACGUGUGGCGCACCAAGCCCGUCGGCUGGGUCUACAUCCUGUCCAAGCGGCUGACUGAGGAGGCGGCGUUCAGGUUCGCACGGGAGAACGGCGUCCACCUCGUGUCCCUCGUUCUGCCAACCGUCGCCGGGCCGUUCCUCACGACAAGCGUCCCUACGAGCAUCCAGCUCCUGCUGUCACCCAUCACAGGUGACCCGAAGCUCUACUCGGUGCUGGCCUCAGUGCACGCCAGGUUCGGGUGCGUCCCGCUGGCGCACGUCCAGGACGUGUGUGACGCGCACGUCUUACUGAUGGAGGCGCCGCGCGCCGAGGGGCGGUACCUGUGCGCCGCGGGCGGGUACGCGGCGGCGCAGCUCGCGCGGCUCCUCGCUUCGCGCUACCUUCCGGCCGGUGACAGGCUGAGCAAAGAUUUCGACGACGUCUCCUGCUCGCCGCCGGUGGUUUCGUCCAGGAGGCUGUUGGAUCUGGGGUUCAGGUUCCGGCACGACGUCGAGGACGUGGUGAAAGACAGUGUUGCGCAGUGUCUUGCCCAUGGGUUCCUGGAGCAUCCUGAGACCUGAAUGCGGCAGAGCUGCAAUUCCUAGUUGGUUUCAGGCGUUCAGCAAAUCAGCGGCGAUCUGAAGGAGAAGGAUGAAUGCAUGGUUGGGCUGGGGCCUGGGCCCUUAGGCUAUCCACAUGUUACUCUAUAUUUACUCUACAGACUAUACCACUAUUCCUAGCUUAAUCACCAAAAUUCCUUACUCUAAAUUACUCACCAAAAUUUGUAGCCUCAUAUACCUCUAUAUAUCAACUACUACUACAUAGUCUAUUUUAUUCUAUUUCAUUCUAACUACUUUUUUCUCUAUAUAAUACAAGAUUUUGA